UCAAGGUGUUUACUUGAUUGAUAAGAAACUUGUCAAACGAAUCUGGAAUCCUCACAAAAAAGUUUGACAAGAAUUCUCGAAUUAGCAAUGAAAUUCCACACAAAGCUAACUCAAGGAUUUGAUUCUCGAUACACAACUCAAAGAACACAAAACUAUGCCGAGUAAUUUUUAUUCAACAAACUUGUUUGAUUUACAACGUGAAUUUGAAAGGUAUUUAAAGUAAGAAAAAUCUAAUACAAACCUAAUGGAACAAGGAAACAAUAAGGUAAAAAAGCAAACUCUAAAAAGAACACAAAAAUUGGCAACAAACUCUCUUUCUUCAAGCACAAGUUGCCAGAAAACAAAUUUUGUACUAACUUCGUGCUUUUCGUUCGAAGCCUUCCAGAUAUCCAAUCUUUGAUCCAAUGCUUUCCCUUUGUAGAAAAACAUACCUAUUUUCAUGUUGUGGAAGCAUUUGGACUCGAAUCACAUCCAUGCUCCUCAAAUUGAGCUCCAAAGUAGGCUUCACAAACUUGUUUUCUGCCUUAGCCAUUUUCAUGCAGUUUUCAGCUUUCCAUAUAGCAUCUUUGGGCGUAUGGAAAAUGGUCUUAAUGGAUUUCUCUGGAUCCAAAAACCAUACCAAUGUGUAGAGGGUAACUUUAUCUUCAAAACAAACAUCUAACCUUGAACUUUCACCGAGCCAAUUGAGAUAACUAUGCCUCCAAAGUAGGUAUCAUGAACUCAGAUUUUGACUUAGCCAAAUUCUGCCCUUCUUCUUCCCAACUUCUGUAGCUUCUUCGUCAAAUAAUUUUGGCUCGCAUAUGAUGCAAUCUGGGUUUGUAAGCACACACUAGAAUAAGAGGUAAAGAUCUCUUGGCAGCAUACUCCAUCAAACGAGUGAUUUUCUCGCCUACGACCGAUCCCAUACUACCCCCCAUAAAUUGAAAAUCCAUAACUCCAAUUGCUACAGGAAUGUCGUUUAGUUGACCUGUACCUGUUUGAACACUUCGGUUAAUCCCGUCGUAGGAAUGAUAUCUAUUUGUUUCUCUUUUUUGUCAAAAUAAAUUGUUACUUUGGAGACGUGUUUAUGGUGAUGAGGUACAAAAAUAUAUCAUGUGGUAUAACCUAAAAUAUCACUGCAAUAAUUUGUAACACUAUAGUAUAUUUCUUGACUGGGUGGUAACAUAAAUAAUAUCACAAUAAAACAAAAAUAAUACUGACUAUACUAUGACAACAUUUUUUUUUCCUUCAAAAUACUACAAAGUGGAUAUCAUCUUGUAGAUCUGGUUAAAUUAAAAUUUUAGUUGAAAGGAAAAAAUGAAAUAAAUCUUUUGCUAUUAAUGGGGGGGAAAAUAAGUGGAGAGAAAAACAAUAUGUGCUACAAUUUUAUUGGUCGAAACUUUUAUUUUAAAUUUAUCUUUUUUUAUUAUAAUCAAAGCAGAUGCAUCUAACUUUCAUUUAUAACCAAAUUAGUCUAUGAGAGACCCUAACAGACACAGUCAUUCAAAAUGUAGUGAUACAAAGCCGGAAAAGAGCUCGAGAUACAAUGCAUACCCAAAGGUAAGCUAUGACCUAAUCCUGCGAGGAAUUCAACACACUUGUUGGCCUCAUGAUAGAUAUGGAGCUGGACCUCCCAGCAGUCCUAGCUCAAAAGAUCCUGGAAACUGUAAUAAUCUCAGCAUGCUGGUGGUCCGUGUGCUUGGUGUUGUGGAGAAGUUGCAUCACACGCCUCGAGUCCCGUUCAACUUUGAUUCGUCGAUAUCUCAUAUCUCAGGCUAGUUGAAGUCCUUCCACAACGCUCCUUAAUUCAGGCUGGGUGAUAGAACACAUACCCAAGUUAUGAGCGGACAAGCACCAUCCUACUUGAAUUUCCCUUGUAAAUUGUGUAGAUGUAGAAGUGCUAAUUAUUUCUACAUGACUCUAAAAGUUUGACCUGGUACAUAGUAAUGUGGGGAUGCGAAUAUCUACCACAUCUGAGUUCCAACAUUGAUGCCAACAAACACCCAAAAAGAAUUAUUUAUACACCUCUAAAACACUCUAAUCCCUGUGUCUUUUACGCUCCCGCGGUUUAUCAAAUUUCUUGAAGAUCCCAUCUUCUGGGGAAGUGACUUGAGACGAAGGAAUUAGAGAAUUUUUUAAAAAAAAAUUUAGUGAACAAAGUGUAUUAUUAUUCUUACUAGGGCAUGCUUACCUUUUACUAAGUUGCGUCCCCUUUUAUUAACGAGAUUCCUUAAAUAGGCCUGUCUCCGAUUGUAGGUUGGUCCUUUACCAUUAUGUGAAAACACGGUUCUUCAUCAAUAUGUUAUCUUAUUUGGGCAACGUUGAGAUGCAGUGUUCUGAGGUCUAUUAGUACAAUCGGCUCUUGGAAUUUGCAGAGCUUUGCGGUUUCUUUAUUGCUACCUCCAAUUCGUUGGGUAAAGAAACUUUUUUGCGCCAGAGAAAAGCAUAACCUACACCAAAGAUAAUAUAUUUACAGCAAGGAAGGAGAGUAUAAGAUCGGCCAUGUGCACGUAUUAAUGCAUCCCCAAAAUAUCCAUCAGCUAUUCAUAUCUACGAGACUUAAUUAGAAAGGAUACUGUUCCAGAGAAAUUAUGGAGGCUACAAGUCUAAGCUAAUGAGUUCAUUUUGUAUCGUCGCAAAGAAGUAAUUAUUUAUAUUGUAAACAGUAAAUAUAUGUUUGUACAUUUAAGAAAACCCAUGUGCAACUGCUAAUGCAAAAAUGGAAAAAAGAGAGAUCAGGGAAAGUAGGAAAACAGGGAAACCAACAAAGAAAGGUUAAAAAAUAAGACACAAGCCAGGAGACUAUUUCCUGCACAGCUGCACUUAGUUGAUGUAAAAACAAAUUCAGUGAUGCUUUGGUAAUUAAUCCAAUAUCUGCUUUAUUAAUAUUGUCUUAUUUGGGAAACGUUGAGAUGCAGUGUGUUCUGAGGUCCUAGACUAUGCAAUGGAAUUAAAAAAAGCAAUGAAGGCAUUAGGGCAUG